UACUCGUCGUUCGUAGAGAGAGAGAGAGAGAGAGAGGGAAACUUCUCUUAAACCCUUCAGUUAAAAAUCAGAGCUCCAUCAAUCAACCUCUUCACUGGUUCUUCUCUCCGCUCACUGCAAAACCCUAAAUUCUCCAAAUUCCCAAAAUGUCCCUACCCAGACUCCAAAUCUACCGUUCUUUGUCUACUCUCUCUUCACCCACAGAUGCCCUUUUAGCAGAAAAAGCCCUAACCCUCCUCAAACGCUAUCCAUACCACUUAAAUUCGAUAUCUUCCCAAAUAACCCCUGCAUUAGCUUCAUAUUUGCUUCUCCAAACCCAAAAUGAUCGAACCCUAACCCUAAAAUUCAUUAACUUUGCUAAACCCCACCAAUUCUUUAACCCCCACUGUAAAUGCAUUGCCCUUCACAUUUUAACCAAAUUCAAGCUCUAUAAAACAGCCCAAAAUCUGGCUCAGGACUUGGCUGAAAAUUCUGUUGAUGAGAAGGGUAAUUAUUUCUUUCAAUGUCUUAAAGAUACUUACUUUAUGUGUAAUUCAAGCUCUGCUGUUUUUGAUUUAGUAGUAAAAUCUUGUUCUUACCUAAAUUUUAUUGAAAAGGCUUUGAAUAUCGUUGAUUUAGCCAAGCUUAAUGGGUUUAUGCCUGGUGUUUUGUCAUAUAAUGCAAUUUUGGAUUCAAUAGUUAGGUGUAGAAAACCAGUUAGAUUUGCUGAGAAAGUGUACAGGGAAAUGAUCGCAAGUGGGGUUUCUUUGAAUGUAUUCAGUUAUAAUAUUUUGAUAAGGGGUUUCUAUGCAGCGGGGAAUUUGGAAAUGGGGUUGAGGUUUUUUGAAGAAAUGGAGAGAAAUGGAUGUUUGCCGAAUGUGGUUACAUAUAAUACUGUAAUUGGUGCAUAUUGUAAGUUGAAGAGGAUAGAUGAGGCGUUUAAAUUGUUGAGGUCGAUGGGGUUGGAAGGUUUGGAGCCAAACUUGCUUACGUAUAAUAUGGUGAUUAAUGGAUUGUGCAGAGUAGGGAGGAUAGAGGAGACGAGUGGGGUUCUUGCAGAGAUGGAUCGCAAGGGUUUUGCUCCUGAUGGGGUGACUUAUAAUACACUUGUAAAUGGAUAUUGCAAAGUGGGUAAUUUUCACCAAGCGCUUGUUUUGCAUUCAGAGAUGUUGAGGAAUGGAUUGUCCCCUGAUGUUGUUACAUAUACGUCGUUGAUUAAUACUAUGUGUAAGGCUGGGAAUUUGAACCGAGCAAUGGAGUUUUUUGAUCAGAUGCAUGUUAGAGGUCUUCGUCCGAAUGGAGUAACGUACACAUCAUUGAUCAAUGGGUUUUCACAAAAGGGAUUCAUGGAUGAGGCUUGCCGUAUUUGGGAUGAAAUGAUUAGAAGUGGUUUCCCGCCCACAAUUGUAACUUAUAAUGCCCUUUUAAAUGGACAUUGUGUUUUGGGAAGGAUGGAGGAGGCCAUAGGAUUGUUACGAGGUAUGGAGGGUAAAGGUUUGUCCCCAGAUGUUGUAAGUUACAGUACUAUCAUAGCUGGAUUUUGUCGAUACCAAGAGUUGGACAGGGCAUUUCAAAUGAAUGCGGAGAUGGUUGAGAAGGGUGUUUCACCUGAUGCCAUUACCUACUCAUCGCUUAUCCAAGGUCUCUGUGAGCAGAGAAGACUGAAUGAAGCUUGUGAUCUGUUCCAAGAGAUGUUGAAUAAGAGUCUGCUUCCUGAUGAAUUCACUUAUACAAGCUUGAUUAAUGGUUAUUGUAAAGAAGGAGAUUUGAAUGAGGCUCUUAAUUUGCAUGAUGAAAUGAUAAAAAAGGGCUUUCUACCAGAUGCAGUCACCUACAAUGUGCUUAUUAAUGGACUAAACAAGCAAGCUCGAACAAGGGAGGCAAAGAGGCUCCUGCUUAAGUUGUUUUACGACGAGUCUAUCCCAAAUGGCAUAACAUAUGAUACACUGAUAGAAAGUUGUAGUGAUAUUGAAUUUAAGAGUGUCGUGGCUCUCAUAAAGGGAUUCUGUAUGAAGGGUUUGAUGAACGAAGCAGAUCAAGUUUUUGAAUCCAUGAUUAAGAGAAACCAGAAGCCAAAUGAAGCGGUUUAUAAUGUCAUUAUACAUGGUCAUUGCAGAGAUGGAAAUGUUCACAAGGCACAUAAACUCUACAAGGAAAUGGUUGAUUUUGGUUUCAUUCCUCAUACUGUGACCACCAUUGCUCUGGUUAAAGCACUUUACAGUGAAGGGAUGGACAAGCAGUUGAAUCUAGUUAUAAGGGAGAUAUUGAGAAGCUGCAAGCUUUCAGAUGCAGAGCUUUCUAAAGCACUUGUUCAAAUCAACCAUAAAGAAGGGAACAUAGAUGCAGUUUUUAAUUUGCUUGCUGAAAUGGCCAAGGAUGGCUUUCUUCCAAGCGGUGCAGCUCGUGCCAAUGCUGGCCAGUAGACUUUAUGAUGGAUAAUUCAUUGUAUCUUCUAUCAAUGUUAACUGGACAUAUUUUGUCCUGUCAAGGGCCUGAUGAAGGAAGCUGAAUUUCAGUUUCUUUGCUUUUCUGGUAUCUCAAGAUGUUAUGGACUUCAGUUUCACAUUCUCGUAUCCUCAUAUUUUCUUGCCAAUUAUUCACAAGAAUUGUAUAUAAAACUAUGAUGAUGAACUCUGCAUGGCUGCAUGCUAUGUUAUCUAUACUCAAUAUGAUGCAACACCAAUUUACUGCA